CUUUGCUGCAGCACGUCUCCUUCUCGAGGUCUCUCCUUGAGGACUGAGAGAGAAUUCACUUUCACGUAUGUGAGCACAAGGAGGACCCUCUUUGGAGUUUUCUCCUUUUCUUUUCUUGAUUUUGCUAGAACACAGACGUCCCUGUAUAGAAGGGUAAAACCCCUGGCUCAGGCUGCCUCUAGAGACUCAGCCCAAAGGCAUUGACUUCUAGGUCUGAUUAGAUGCCAGGGGCCAACCAAAGGAAGCCAAUCAGGGUGUAGCAGAGCCCCCUGAAAGCCCACAUCAGGGACUGGUGAUCUCCCCAUUAUCACCUGACUCUGCACAGACUGGCCUAGUGCCUGUGGGGAGGGUCAGUGAGAUGAUUAUCAGACAAACUCUGUGUCUGGGCAUGUCCAUCCGUCUCCUCAUCCUCUUCUCCCAGGUUCUGGCUGCAGAGGGAAAGGUUUGCCCCGUAGUUAAGGUGCAACGUUAACCUGCACAGAUCCAGGUUUUGCUCUGUGUGAAGUCAGUUCUGUCAGCUCAGCAGGACAAGGGGAAGCUGAUGUCCAUGUGAAGCCCCAGUGACACCCCUCCCCCCCCACCAGCAGAGGGGGCUGAUUGCAGGAUCAGAGCCUUGUUGGGACAUUUCUCACCAAAGCCCCCAGGGCUGGAACAUUACCGGUGAUCUGGCUCCAGCUCAGCAAACAGCCUGAGUCAGUUCCAGGAAGGGAAACACCCAAUUGCUGCUGCUGCAGGCGGGGCAUAUUUCUGAGCUCAGGAAAGUGAGACUAACCCUGUAACACUGUCCAGAGGGAACCAUGGCCACAGACAACCCCGUGGAAAGUCUCCAGGAGGAAGCUAUGUGCCCCAUCUGUCUGGAGUAUUUUAAGGACCCGGUGAUUAUAGACUGUGGGCACCAUUUCUGCCGAGCCUGCAUUGCCCAGUGCUGGGAGGGAUUGAAUACAGACGUCUCCUGCCCUCAGUGCAGAGAAACUGUACAACAGGGAAACCUCAGGCCGAACAGGAAGCUGGCAAAUGUUGUAGAAAUGGUCAAACGGCUGAGUUUACAGGCAGCAAAGGGAGCAGGAGAGGAGAGGGUGUGUGGGGAACACCAGGAGACUCUGAAACUGUUCUGUGAAGAGGAUCAAACUUCUGUCUGUGUGGUUUGCCAUCUGUCCCGGGCUCACAGAGACCACAGGGUGGUUCCCAUAAAGGAGGCUGCCCAGGAGUACAAGGAGAAACUCCAGGGAGCCCUGGGCCCUCUGACGAAGGAGCUGGAAGAGGCCCUGGCUCUGAUGUCUGCAGAGGAGAAGAAAACCACAGAGUGGCAGGGGAAAGUGAAGAAUAGGAGAGAGAUGAUUGCAGGUGAAUUUAACAAACUGCACACACUGCUGAGAGAGGAGGAGCAGCUGCUUCUGCAGAGCCUGGAGGAGGAGGAGAAGGAGACUCUGCAGAAACUACAGGAAAAUGUCACCAAACUCUCCCAGCAAAGCUCCUCUCUGCAGCAGCUGAUCACAGAGCUAGAGGAGAAGUGUCAGCAACCAGUUGUGGAGCUGCUAAAGGAUGUGAAAAGCACAUUGAGCAGGACUGAGAAUGUGAAACUUCAGGAACCAGAAGCUGUUUCUACUGACCUGAAGAACGUGUAUAAAAUUUCCCUUGACAUGGGGGAAGCGCUGAAGAGAUUCGGAGUGGACGUGACUCUGGAUCCAGACACGGCUCAUCCCAAACUCAUCCUGUCUGAGGAUCAGAAACGUGUGAGACUCGGAGACACUCGCCAGGAUCUGCCUGACAAUCCUGAGAGAUUUGAUACGUACCCUGAAGUUCUGGGUGCUGAGGGGUUCGCGGGCGGGAGGCGUUACUGGGAGGUGGAGGUGGGAGACAAGACAGGCUGGGAACUGGGGGUUUGUAGGGAAUCUGUGAGCAGGAAAGGGGAGAGCACAUUCUCACCUGGGAAUGGAUUCUGGGUUGUGGGGAUGGAGGAUGGGGGAUACGAGGCCGGCACCUCCCCCGCAACCCCCCUCCCCAUGAGCGUCAGGCCCAGCCGGGUGGGGAUUUUCCUGGACUAUGAGGCGGGCGAGGUCUCGUUUUACAAUGUGACUGACAGGUCCCAUCUCUUCACUUUCACUGGCACCUUCGCCGGGAAGCUCCGCCCUUAUUUCUAUCCUGGUCUCAACGCUGGGGGUACAAACGCGGCUCCCCUGAUAAUCUGCCCGGUCCCAGCUCAGGCCGGAGGGAAUCUCGGUCCCUGACAGUGACCCCGCGGCACAGACUGGCCCCUCCCAGCCCUGCUGCUCUUCCUGCCCCCGGUGGUGGGGGCCAGUAACUGCAACAACUGGACUUUCUGUGCUGACCCGAAGCUGCCAGUUUCCCUUUUCAGCUGGAGAUUCCAGUCGAAAACCGGACACCUGGGAACCCCCAGCCCCCACCUUCCCUGUCCCCUGCCCCAGGGGUAGCAGAUGGUGGGGGAUGGGGUCAUUCACUCCGGUCAGAAUUUUCUACCCCUGUGAAAUCUCAAUAUAAAAUAUGAAAGAAAAAAGAUUAUUUUAAUUUAGAAAACAUUAUUGUAACAAGGUGUAAAUACAAGAAUAUUUUAAUUUACAUUUAAACACUAUUUUAAAAACAAGUAUCUAAAUAUAUUUGUAGAAAUGGAAUUAUUUACAUUUUUUAUCUUUCCCUCAAAUCUAUAGUGAAGUUUAACUUCUCUAAAUAACGUCAUUUGUAUUUCAACUGUGGAAUUUCAAGAAAUCCAAAAUAUUUAUCUUCACAAAAUAAACUAUUAAAUUGUCAGACUGGGUUGUUCAGUUACAAAUGUACAAGUGUCAUAAACAUCACAACUACACACACGUGCAGCUGCUCUCUCUCUCUUUCUCCCCUCCCCCCUUAUUGUCUUGACUGGUUCUCUCUGGAAGGCAGGGCAC